AGUGCUUAUGGGGCUGUGGUCACUUAUGGGGCUGGUUGUUCUAUUCCCCCAGUUCAUGUUGGCCACCGAUAAGUUUGUUCUGGGUUACGAUGCUGACGGUCACUGUGUGGGGCAGCCCGACCCACGGCUGCCGGCCCCACAGCGGCUGCAAUGGGACAUACCUGACGAGUGCCGCGCGGCGAUUGGCCGCUCUCUGGGCGUGGCUCGUAUCCUGGCCAAUGACGUGGAUUUCUGCUGCUUCCCGUUCACGCAGUUCGGGAAGGGGCUGAUGAAGCGCUGCAGGAUCAGCCCAGACGCCUUCAUCCAAAUAGCGCUGCAGCUGGCGCACCACAGGGACAAGGGCCGUUUCUGUCUGACGUACGAGGCGUCCAUGACACGACUGUUCCGCGACGGACGAACCGAGACCGUCAGAUCCUGCACCAGCCAAUCAACGGCCUUUGUGCGCAGCAUGAGCGACCCACACUGCAGCCGCUCUGAGCGCCGCCGUCUCCUGGUGCUGGCAGCCGAGCAGCACCAGCUCCUGUACCGUCUGGCCAUGACGGGCGCCGGCAUCGACCGUCACCUGUUCUGCCUCUACGUGGCCUCACGGAUCAUGGGGGUGCAGUCACCGUUCCUGCAGCAGGUGCUGUCGGAGCCAUGGCGGCUGUCCACCAGUCAGACCCCGCAGCAGCAGCUCAAACUGUUCGACCUGGAAGAGUUCCCGGAUCACGUGUCCAGCGGGGGCGGAUUCGGGCCGGUCAGCGGGGGGGGCAUCACGUGACCACAUAUAGAGCCC